CAAGAUGGCGGCCGGCGAAGAGAACGACGGAGCUGCCUUGAACAAAGUCGUUAUCCCUAAGAAGCAAGAAAAACGAAAAUCAUAUGAAGAAAAUGUCAUCUCCAAUUCUUCCUCAGACUUCACGUGCCCCAUAUGUUUGCAAAUACUUAUCGAACCUGUAGUAAUGCCUUGCGAACACGAGCUGUGUUGGCCGUGCUUCAAGCAAAAUGUAGAGGAGGCGAAUUUCCUUUGCCCUCUCUGUCGAAUGAGGAUUUCAAGUUGGGCGAGAAGAAAUUCGCGAAAUGGGACACUGGUUAAUGUAGCACGAUGGCAACAAAUUCAGCAGCUCUUCCCAGAGAAAUGUCGCAAAAGAUUACGUGGUGAAGAUGAUGACGAUAUCUUUGGUUAGAAAACCUUGUUGUUUGAGUUUUAUUACGCUAAUGCUUUCGUCGACAACAUUAACAAAACUUUGAAAUUCAACACUAUCGAGGUCCCAGUAUAACAGUUAAGGCACAAAAAAAAAAGAUAUAAUUUACGUAUAAAGGUUUAUUUUGUCCACUAAUUAGCUCGCGCAACAUUAGUAGAAUGCAGCACAAAGAUUAUUAUGAUGGGAGAGAUUAUUCGUUGAACCCAUUAAUAAAUCUUGAGACUAUGCUUUUUUCUCUAAAUCUGUUCAAUACUCACUGGUAUUAAGUGAUUCAGGUAUUCUAUAAUCCGUUUUCCGGAGAGAAAGAAAAAUGGAGGUGGGGGGGUUUGGGAAAGAUUGCAAUCUGUUCACAAGGGGUACAACUUGAUUCUGCAAUGGUGUUGACCACUCAUAGCCUGCAUUUUUUUUUCUGUCAUAAAUUGUAUUUUUUUUUUCAAUUUCACUGGUACAGAUAUGCCACCAGUGAAACGCACCUUAUCCAAGGAUGGGGAACUACGUAAAGAGUAUGAGGAGGAAAUGAGGAAGGCAAGUUACAACAGUUAACUCAUUGCAUGUACCUAAGCCAGCAUGCAUUGGUGUUCCUCUAUGAAUAUUGGUUGGGAAAUGUAGGGAUCACUAUUAUUCAAAACAAAAAUGGCUUUCGACUUAAGUCACACUUGUAGAAACAGACUACUUGCCCUGUAAAGAUGACCUUGAGACAAUAAUGCAAAAAUUUUUUUUCCUUGAAAGAAUAUUUCUUUUAGACUAAAGAGGGUUAGUUUCUAAAGAACCUGUAGUGCUGCAUCAGUAUGGGGGGAGUAUAACAUGAUAGUUUGGUUUUAUCAAUUAAGUUGAUAAUGUGAAUUGUGGUUACUGCAGAGAGAUUCUAAUGCUAACAUAGGGAGCACUGUCAAGCACUCUGUGGGAGCUAAUCGGAUUUGCUCUGAUGAAGGGCUAAUCCUUGACACAGCUUUAAAAUCUCUCUAAUGUACCAAUCCACAAAUUAUUUUAUCCCUGACUAAGCCUAAAGUUAGGUUAAAGGAUGGAACAAUGUGUUCUGGCAUUGUUAAUAUCUUUUAAAUUCUUAACACAAGUCAGUGCUACUAGAAAAAAAAUUUCUUCUUGUAACAAAUCUGAAUCUCUAUUUUAUUAACCAGUUGGUGAACAAAUUUACAUAGACAUAAUGUCUAACCCCAGUUGAAAUUUAAUUGAAGGGGUGCCAAUUUAAGGCAGAUGUUGCCUAAUGACUGACAGUUGUCUGGAGUUCUAAUGUAAUGACCUUUUUAUCACAAACAGUCAUUUAUGCCUCAGACAAAGUGAAUGUCCAAUCCCUAUCUGAUGUCAUUUUCAAAUAUCUGUCUUAGUUGAAAGUAGCAAGAGAGGAGGAAAUGAAGGCAAGUGAAGAGGUUAUCUACAAAUUACAACAAGAGGAACAGAGAUUAAUGAGGUCUCUAGAAUACCAGAGACUACAAGAUGAAGAACUUGCAAGAAAAAUGAUAAAGGAGGAACAAGGACAGGUGAGUAGUAUACAGUAGCUUGAGCAUAGUGGAUCAUUGAGAAGUUUCUUUUCUGUUGAAGUUUAGCUUGAAGCUAAUAACUGGAAUCUUUGUGUUAUUGCUCUUUGGAUUUCUACAGAACUCAACGGGACAGCUGCCUAAAAAUAAAAGCUUAUCAACAACCCCAUACAAGAAUAAAAUUGUGAAAGGAAAAAAGAUAAAAGGACAGAGUACUCAAGCUGGUCACAGUAACAGUACACUAGACAGGUGGUUCCUUCCUACAAGGCAUACCUCUCCUGGUGAUAUUCAAGGUAUUCCAUUCAAAUAUUAUUUACAUUCUUGGAAAGUUGGUUCUAUUUAAGACAAUACAACACAUUGAAAGCAGGUUUUCUUCUCAGGCAAAUUGAAAGUCAUGAUUUCCUUACUUGCAUAAAUACCAUAGAUCCAGGUAUUUAUCUCUUUCAGUUUUAAAAUUAGUAAUCACAACAUGCUGCUGGCAAUCAAAGUUUGAGGACAGGUUAUGUAGUUGGAAUUGAACAUUAUUCACUUCAAGAGCUUAAAGUUUUACUCCAAGCCAAGAAAUAAAAGUGUGGUAAUUCUACAGACAAGAAUUCCUCUAUAUAUAAUCUUAAUUAUUAUAUUUACUUUGUCAACAGGAUUAUCAAAGAAUAAAAGCAGUCAUGGUAAAUCCAAUUUCAGAAAAAAUUCCUCUGAAGACAAAGAGGAUUCCAUCUUUUCAUCAAGUUCUACAUUUAGCGAUAUUUUUAACAUGAACAAUCUACAAUUCCUUGAAGAAAGAAGAAAACAAGAAGAACAAGACCUUCAGUUUGCAAUAAAGUUACAAAAAGAAUUUGAUCUGGCAAGUACAAAGGCUUCAGAGGUGGACAGAAAGAAAGGAACUGUUGAUGCAUAUUUACUACGGACUGUCAGUGAAAACGAAGAAGUGGAAAGUGGCACUGAUAAUAUAACUUCAUAAAAUAAACGGUAACAUUCCUGUUUUUUAUUUGUUUUGACAUAUUUUAUAAAACUUAAAGUUAAACUGUGAAAAUUUCUUGGCUCAAUAUUGUUUUGACUAUGCCUUCUAAUGUGCCUACUUGUAACUGUGUUUGUUUUGGUGAACGUCUGUGAUUAAAGUGUCCUAAAGGGCAUAAGAAGGAAAA